AUGGAAGAGUUCGAAUGGCCACCUAGUACAAGCACUCUCCAAGCAGCUAAUUUCUCUUCUGAUGAUAUGAGCAAAUUCUGCACGAAUUGGAUGAAAACAAUUAAAUCGGCAGUAGUGGUACCGGAUCCGCCGCGUCACAUUCGUCCUUCUAAUUUUAUUAUAUGGACUGUUGGUUUGACUUGCGUUACAGUAAUUAGCUUAUGUGCUGCUGUUGGAAUUCUAUUCGUCAAGAAACUUAGCAAACAAACAUACAACCACUUUAUCACGAUUCUUGUAGCUGUCGGAGUUGGUUCACUUAUAACUUCAUCUACUUUGCAUUUGCUACCGCAGGGCUUAGGAGUCGUUGAUGGCGAAAAUUAUGAUUUUAUCAUGGUUAUGAUGUUUUGUAUAUUUGGUAUAUACAUCUUUUUCUUCUGUGAUAAAUUCAUCAAAAUCACUCUUGAGUCAAAAAAGAUGAAUGAAAUUGAAAUGUUGAACAGUGCUGGAAAUCAUAUACACACGGAAGCUGGAGUUGUUUCGAUCCAUUCAACAGAUGCUUUAAUCACUGAAAACGGUAAUCUCAAACCCGAUGCCUUUUCAACAUUGGAAAAAAUAAGAAAAUACAAAAAAAGAACAUCAUUGCGGAAACAAAGAGGCGAGAUUGACGGCACGAUCCGUCCUAGUCUCGAUAUGUCAAGACAGGCUCAUGGUAUCUGUGUUCAUGACCAUAAAAUAACGUUUAAUCAAAUGAAAGAUUCAGCAAUAAAAACGGUCGCAUGGAUGAUUGUGUUUGGAGAUGGCUUGCAUAAUUUUAUCGAUGGAGUCAGUAUUGGUGCUGCUUUUAGUGAAUCACUAUUAAGUGGUUUGAGCAUUCGUUCCUGGAUUACCUCUAAAAACGCACUACAUUUGCCACAAAUAUAUGCUGAUUUCUCAAAGACAAGCAUUAGUGUCUGUUCAUGUGGUAGCGGUGAUGUGGCAAUUUUGUUGAAUGCUGGUAUGAACCAGAAGCAAGCUUUAUUUUAUAAUCUACUUAGUACGAUUACCUGCUUCGUAGGAUUCAUUAUCGGUGUUGUUCUGGGUAGUGUCGAAUCACUUUUACGAUACAUUUUCGGUUUUUCGGGUGGCAUGUUCCUAUACAUUGCCCUUUCGUGUAUGAUGCCCGAGAUGAAAUCUACCAUGGAAGAAGCGCUGGAAAAUGGUUAUCUUGAUGCGUUUUUUGUUCUUUCGCUGCAAACUACGGGCUUAGCUUUAGGAACGUUCUCAAUGUUUUUUUUCGCCCGCUAUGGCGAUUUAAUGAAAUUUGCUUAA